UUAAUCUCAGGUUGUAAAAAAAACAUUAAUGAAAAAAAACCUUUAUUUUAAUAUGUCUAAAAUAUAAAUAUUUUAAGUAAAACCAUUGACGCAAAUUACAAAAUUAACAGUACUUUAGUGAAUUACUUUUGCUAAAAAGUCAUUUGCUCAUUUAAAAAUAUAUUUUUGACAUUUUCGCUCAUGUUUUCUAAAUGUAUUGUUGUUUAUAAUAUUUUUAAUUUUAUUGAUACGAGAUAUUUACUUUUAGUAAUAAAUUUUGAGAGUUGUACUUUUAAUUGUAUAUAAUGUCUUUUUUAUACGUGAAGGUGUACUAUGGGCCUUGCAACACGUUCCAUAACAACGUUCACAAGCCUCAAAUGUUGAACGGCCUUCGAGAACGACUACAAAUGUUGGGCUUUCGAGUGGACCUGCACCCUGUCGACCAUGUCAACUACUGUAUGAUAGAAAUGUGCGGCCAUGAAAUUUUCCGCUGCAACAUAAGACAGUUGAAGUUCAACACGUCUUAUACAGCGGACCGGGUCUGCAGACGAGCAGUCGAAGCGGUAGUACAGUCCUCAGUCAAGUUCCAACGGACGCGCACCUACCUCUGGUUCUGGGCAUUGAUUGAGAAGCAAAUGUUCCAACGAACCAAAUACGCACCUAAAGAAGUCUGGUUAACGAAAAGCAUGCAAAUAUCUAAACCGUGCACCAAAUGCCAUGAUUGCUGUGACCUGGAUACAAAGGAACGAAGGGCAAUCGAAGAAGCAAAAAUGAAUCCCGUGUUUAAUGCUGACGUCAUUCUGAAAAAAUACGAUGAUUAAAUUUAGUUACUUAUAGGUCCUUUUGAAACUAAGCAUUAUCGUUAUCGUUAACUUAAUAUUUAAUUAUGACGCAAUAAGUCUAGAUUUUAUACUAUUCAUUAAUUUUUCGCUCUGGUAUAGACAGAUGUUUGGUCAAAAGUGCCUUGAAAAUAGGGUGUGAAAAAAAUACCGCCAGCUGAAUGUAACAGGAUCAACAUCCCUCCUUUGAGGCAGGUCCCCUGAUGCCAAGUAUCACCCAAGGCCCGUCACCAGCCUAUUUAGAGAAUCUAUUUGUAGUUUUUCCUUACAUAUACCUAUUUGUUAUUUUUACUCUACCUACCUUGUAUUUUGAAUAUACUUAUCUUGU